AUGGAGACUGGAAACGUGGUUGGUCAGCACUACUCAGUGUUCACGUCAAUGAACCCAGGGGGCCAAGAGACUGGCGCCUGCUUCUCUUGCUUCUGCUCGUCGCAGCCUGGAACGGGGAGCGGUCAGGUCCACUACUCGGUCCCGGAGGAAGCCAAACACGGCACCUUCGUGGGCCGCAUCGCGCAGGACCUGGGGCUGGAGCUGGCGGAGCUGGUGCCGCGGUUUUUCCGAGUGGAGUCCAAAGGUCGCGGGGAUCUUCUGGAGGUAAAUCUGCAGAAUGGUAUUUUGUUUGUGAAUGCUCGGAUCGACCGGGAGGAGUUGUGCGGGCGGAACGCAGAGUGUAGCAUCCACCUGGAGGUGAUCGUGGACAGGCCGCUGCAGGUUUUCCAUGUGGAGGUGGAGGUGAAGGACAUUAACGACAACCCACCAGUCUUCUCCGUCUCAGAACAAAAGCUUUCAAUACCCGAAUCUCGACUGCUUGACUCUCGAUUUCCGCUAGAAGGCGCAUCUGAUGCGGAUGUUGGAGAGAAUGCAGUGCUUACUUACAGACUCAGUCCAAAUGAGUUUUUCAUUCUUGAUAUUAUAAACAAAAAAGACAAAGGCAAAUUUCCAGUGCUUGUUCUAGGAAAAAUGCUGGAUCGUGAAGAAAACCCUCAGCUUCAGUUAUUAUUAACGGCAACCGAUGGAGGCAAACCCGAAUAUACUGGAUCUGUUACUCUGCUGAUCUUGGUGUUGGAUGCCAAUGAUAAUGCGCCUAUGUGUGACCGAUCCGUUUAUGAAGUUAAAAUGUAUGAAAAUUCAGCGAACCAAACGUUAGUAAUAUGGCUGAAUGCGUCUGAUGCGGAUGAAGGAAUAAACAAAGAAAUGAUAUAUUCAUUUAGUGCUUUGGUUCCAUCCAGCGUAAGAAGGAAAUUUCUAAUGAAUGAAAAAACGGGAGAAAUACGAAUAAAUGAUGCUAUUGACUUUGAGGAUAGUAACACUUAUGAAAUUCAUGUAGAUGUGACAGAUACAGGAAACCCACCAAUGGUUGGUCACUGCACUGUCUUAGUGGAAAUUCUGGAUGAAAAUGAUAAUUCACCUGAGGUGGUUAUCACUUCUUUGGCUCUUCCGGUACAAGAAGAUGCUCAGGUAGGCACUGUCAUCGCCCUGAUCAGCGUGUCCGACCGUGAUUCUGGAGCUAAUGGCCAGGUGACCUGCACACUGUCGCCCCAUGUCCCCUUCAAGCUGGUGUCCACCUUCAAGAAUUACUAUUCGCUGGUGCUGGACAGCGCCCUGGACCGCGAGAGCGUGUCGGACUACGCUCUAGUAGUGACAGCACGGGACGGGGGCUCGCCUUCGCUGUCGGCCACGGCCAGCGUGUCCGUGGAAGUGGCCGACGUGAACGACAACGCGCCGACAUUCGCGCAGGCCGAGUACACGGUGUUCGUGAAGGAGAACAACCCUCCCGGCUGCCACAUCUUCACGGUGUCCGCGCGGGACGCGGACGCGCAGAAGAACGCGCUGGUGUCCUACUCGCUGGUGGAGCGGCGGGUGGGCGAGCGUGCGCUGUCGAGCUACGUGUCGGUGCACGCGGAGAGCGGCAAGGUGUACGCGCUGCAGCCGCUGGACCACGAGGAGCUGGAGCUGCUGCAGUUCCAAGUGAGCGCGCGCGACGCGGGCGUGCCCCCGCUGGGCAGCAACGUGACGCUGCAGGUGUUCGUGCUGGACGAGAACGACAACGCGCCCGCGCUGCUGCCGCUGCCUGGGGCGGGCGGCGCGGGCGGCGCCGUGAGCGAGCUGGUGUGGCGGUCGGUGGGCGCGGGCCACGUGGUGGCGAAGGUGCGCGCGGUGGACGCGGACUCGGGCUACAACGCGUGGCUGUCGUACGAGCUGCAGCCGGCGGCGGGUGGCGCGCGCAGCCCGUUCCGCGUGGCGCUGUACACGGGCGAGAUCAGCACGACGCGCAGCCUGGACGAGGCGGACUCGCCGCGCCAGCGCCUGCUGGUGCUGGUGAGGGACCACGGCGAGCCGGCGCUGACGGCCACGGCCACCGUGCUGCUGUCGCUGGUGGAGAGCGGCCAGGCGCCCAAGGCCUCGUCGCGGGUGUUGGCGGGCGCCGCUGGCGCGGAGACGGCGCUGGUGGAUGUCAACGUGUACCUGAUCAUCGCCAUCUGCGCGGUGUCCAGCCUGCUGGUGCUCACGCUGCUGCUGUACGUGGCGCUGCGGUGCUCGGCGCCGCCCAGCGAGGGCGCGUGCGGGCCGGGGAAGCCCACGCUGGUGUGUUCCAGCGCGGUGGGGAGCUGGUCGUACUCGCAGCAGAGGCGGCAGAGGGUGUGCUCUGGGGAGGGUCCGCCCAAGACCGACCUCAUGGCUUUUAGUCCCAGCCUUACCCCGUGUCCAGUACCAGAUGUGCAAAGGGAAGAACAGUCUAGUGGAGAGGACUACUCAAGGAAGUUCAGUGUUACCAAAAUAGCAGUGCAACUAGUUUACGAUCUUGACUCUGGUUCUUAG